AUGCCGCCGUUCAGCUCCACGUCCAAGGCGCUCCGGUCUCUAUUAGCCCGUUCUGGUCGCUCAGGACAUUUCGCGGUCGCCCCACCCAAGCACAAUCAAAUUCGGCGCUCCAGAAGCGUUGCCGGAGUCUCGGCUCCAUCCAGUGUAAUCGAUUGCCGGGGUGAUUUCAGCUCGACGUUAUUGGGGAGUUCGUAUAGCGGUAGCUCUGCGGUGCAGCGGAGGCGAUUCCUCGGAUGCGGAGACGGGGAAGAAGGUGGUGUUUUGUCCAAGGUUUACGAAGAGAGACGCGUCUUAGGGUAUUCUCCGGAGCAAUUGUUUGACGUGGUGGCCGCGGUGGACUUGUAUCAUGGGUUCGUGCCCUGGUGCCAGCGGUCUGAUGUUAUCAAACGUUACCCGGAUGGAUCAUUUGAUGCCGAGCUGGAGAUUGGGUUCAAAUUUCUGGUUGAGAGCUACGUUUCUCACGUUGAAUUGAAGAGACCAAAGAUGCUCAAGACUACUGCAUCCCAGAGCGGCCUUUUUGAUCACUUGAUAAACAUAUGGGAGUUUAAUCCAGGACCUGUUCCAGGCAGCUGCGAUCUUUACUUUUUAGUAGAUUUUAAGUUUCAGUCACCACUCUACAGACAGGUUGCAUGCAUGUUUUUCAAGGAGGUGGUAUCCCGUUUAGUUGGUUCGUUCAGUGACCGCUGUCGUUUGAUAUAUGGACCGGGAGUCCGAGUCCUUGAUAACUCCUAUGAGCACAAGGCAUGA